UAUGGUCCCCCACAGUGGGGAAUUACCUAUAAAGAUCUGGAAGAAACUUGGCAUCUGCAGACGUUACUCAGUUUGCUGCAAAUCCAUUUCCUGUCUGUGUAGACCCUGGCGCUACUGACUCCAUUAUCAUUCAGAACUUGUAGUUUGUCCACGUGAGUUUAGUACCACAUUCUCCUGUUUGCAAUGGACGGCCAAGUGACAUAUGCCGAGUUAAGUGUGUCCCAGAAUUGUCUCCCUAAAAGUUCUUCACCUCCAUCUCUUCCUCAGGAUGUUUGCCAAGGUCCCCUUUGGCAUCGUUUUGCUCUGAAACUUUGUUGUGUUGGGGUUAUGCUUCUUACCUUGACCGUCAUUGGGUUAAGUGCUUCAGUGGUAUUUUUAAGACAAAAAUUAUCAAUAGAUAAAAGCAGUAUGGAUGUGCAAGAGAACAGGAAUGAAACAACAGAGAGACCAAGUCUGUUAAAGUGCCCAUUGGACUGGUUGCCAGUCCAAGAGAAAUGCCUGUUUUUUUCUCGAACUUUUAAGUCUUGGAAUGACAGUCUGCUAGCUGACUGUUUCACAAAAGAAUCCAGUUUGCUGCUUAUUAAAGAUCAGGAAGAAUUGAGACUUAUACAGAACGAGAUAAGUGAUGGAGGCCUUCUAUAUUGGAUUGGAUUAAAUUGUACAUUAGCAGAGAAGAAGUGGAAGUGGAUUAAUGGCUCCUUUUCAAAUUCUAAUUUAUUAAAAAUUACUGGUAAUGCUGAAGAAAACAGCUGUGUUUACAUCUCACGGACACAAAUUACUUCUGAGAGCUGUGAAGUAGAAAAUAAGUGGAUUUGUCAAAAAGAACUAAAACCUACCAGAAAAAAAGUGUGUUCUGCCUCUUGACUAUGCAUCCCUUCACAAUUUCUUUACUUUCCAUUACAGGUCUCUAUAAUUUUAACUCUAUAUAUCCUGUUAAAAUGGCUGAAGGUACAUUUAGUGGCACAAAGUGAACAAAUACUGAGGAUUCUAAAAUGAUCGUGACUCUUACAGAAGCUCACGUCCACCCUAUCAUUCUAUAAAUGAGGAAAUAAUGAGCCACUUCCUUCUCCUGUACUUGUUAGAUCUAAAAUCAAGCACCGCUAAAGCACACAUCUGUAAGAAACUUUUACAAUAAAACGAACCUCAAGAGUU